AGCCAGGUGUAAAAACUGUAGUUCUACGCGAUGAAGAUUGAAGAAUGCUUCUAGCAGGCUGUUUGGCAUAGUUUUAUUUAGAUACUGAUGUAUUGUUCGGGUUCGAAUUACUUCUACGCUACAUUUGUGAUAUCAAAAAUGAAAACUGACAGUUUUCCAAUGAAAUGAAUUUAUGCAGAUUAUUUUGGCAAUGUGGGAUUGACGCUUGCUUUUACAAUGAUAACAAUGAUGUGAGAAUCAUGGGCGCUAGCUUAUCCAAUGAGAUUUCAAUAAAUCCAGAUAAUAUAACGUUUUCAGAUCAAUUUUCUAUGCAAGGCGCCGUAAGAGAACGAAGAAAACUGAAGAUGGCCGGAUUCGCCACUCUUCGACGAAAGUUCAUUCGAAAAAGACGAUGUUCGAAAUCCUGCGAUCACGGUCGCGUCAUUCGAGAAUUCGUCUCCAGUUGGAGCCCAAACGAGACUCGUUCUUUGCUCGAAGAAUACGAAGCUUUGGCUACUCUGAAGGAUCUCACAAUCCAGGCCGAAUUAGCUAGACCGCCCGCAGCUACGUACAAACAAGAUUUAUCAACUUUAUACGAUUUCAAAUACUGUACAGAUGUUGAUUUAAUCUUCCGUGGAGCGUGUUUUCCGGUGCAUCGAUCUAUAUUAUCGUCUCGUUGCGCGUAUUUUCGCGAAGUACUUUCCAACUAUCCGUCGUACGAUGCGCAAAUUCGUAUCGAUCUGGAUACGCCCGGUAUCGAUGUGGAUAUGUUUUCGGCCUUACUCAGAUACCUAUACACUGGAGAUAUUGGACCAAGAGAUGGAGAUAUCGAUUUAGCAUUAUUGAGACAAUUGGGCGACGAACUAGGUACACCGAAUCAGCUGGAACACGAUCUACGGUACUUGUUGGAUACUGGCGAUUACGCAGAUACCGUACUGGUGUUUAGUUCGGAGAACGUCGUGGAUUUUCGCAGAUUAUCGAAUAAUUCGGAAUUCGGAUUCAGACCCAAGUUAGAGCUUAAUUGUCAUAAAGCCAUAUUGAGUGCCAGGUCGCCGUUUUUCCGGAAUCUCAUUCAAAGAAGAAGUCGAUCCGGUGAAGAACACACUGAACGAGUGCUUCAUAUUCAAUCUCGAAUUAUGCUCGAUGAUAGUGUUAUUCCGAAACGAUAUGCCAAAGUUUUAUUGCACGCAAUUUACCUCGAUACUGUUGAUCUAUCACUUAUUCUACGAGGAUCUGGAUGUACUUCAUCUGCUGGCAGCUUGGGAGAGGUUGAAGCAUUAACGAACACAGGACGUUCUCGCCCUACGCCGCUGGAAGAAGUAAUGGAACUAUAUCAAAUUGGUAGAUUUUUAGAACUCGAAAUCGUAACUCAAGGCUGUGAAGAUUUAAUUUUGGAAUGGUUAACAUUAGAAACUUUGCCAAUCGUAUUAAGGUGGGGUAAUCAGCCGCAUGGAUCGGCUUGGGUGUACAGACAAGCGAAACAGUUUCUUUGUGAAGAAUUUUCACAGCUUAUAAAUAGUCCAGUUUUACCACAAAUCGAUAAAUCGCAUUUAAUAGAAUGCUUGCAAAGCGAUUUUCUACAAGCUAGCGAACUCGAAGUACUGCAGUCAGUCUUGAACUGGGCUGAAAGUAAAUUGAUCAAACGUAUGGAAGAUAGAGAGCCAAAUGUUGUUAAUCAAACUCCUUCGUCGGUGAAUCGUAAAAAUGUCCGGAAAAGGGAUGUCAGCGACGUAGACAUGCGUGAAAUACUCUCCGAACUUUUACCUUAUGUUAGAAUGGACCACGUAAUUCCCCCUAACAACGAAUUGCUUAAUCAAGCCAUACGUAGAGGUUUGGUUAGCACCCCUCCUAGCCAUAUGAUCAGCUCUGACCAAAAAUAUAGCAAAGUUCACGCAUGGAUUAGAUCUCAGACUGGCCUAUUCGUUAGGCCUAGACUUUUUAUGCCGUAUUACGAAGAAAUUAAAUCGAUCGUUGAAGAACAAAUGGCACACAGUGCUGAUUUACUCAAAGUGAGACGAGUUCAUUAUAUCCCAGAUAUAGCUAAUACUUUAUACGUCGAUAGGAAAAUGCAAAAAGCGUAUUCGUCUCAUGGAAGCAUUAACGAUAUGCUACUGUACUCAUCUUCUGUCCCAGUUCCUGAUGUGACCACCAUGAACGCGAUGAUAAAACGAGAACAAAAAUUAAAAUCAGCUCCAAGUUGCCACCGUGCUCUAUGCCUGAGUCGUUCGUCUAGACACGAAAUAAAUCGACAAAUAAGAUUACGCGUCGUCAGAGAAUUCAACUUACCAGAUUCUGUGGCGGAUUUAUUAGAAAACGCGUGUACGAAAUGUUACUGCGGUAAUACCAUCAGCGACGAAGAGGCAUCAGUUAACGAUGUCUCAUUGGCUCAGACUCCGCUCGAUUCGUAUUCUACUUCGAGUAACCAACACACGAUGACUUUCCCCAGUGCAACGUUUCAACGAAGAUCUAAAAGACUUCCUGCGGUUGUUCCCGAAGGUAGCGGUUAUAUGAACGAUGUUGGAAGUAGUUCUUGCAGCGAAGGGCAGUUAUCGGAUAUGAUGCCGGAUGUUGCAAUGGCCAGCGCUAAUUUAUCAUUAGCGCAGUUAUCGUUAUCUUCGAAUGGUAGUAUGUCUCGUGUACGAGCUAGACCUGCCGAAUUAGAGCUGGAUCUUGGCGAUGGUGCCGUAGCUUCGUUCAGAAGAAGUCGUACAACUUUGAUACCUCCGCAUCCAUUUAUAUAGCAUCGUGUAAUGUUGACGGUUGAUAAGAAGAAACAACCGAAGAAAAAUACUCAAAAUAUUAUGAAAAUGUGUUCAUACGUCACAAAAAUAUGUUCUAUUGUAAUUUAAUUUCAAUUUACGCGAUUUUCUUCUAUCCUUUUUCGUUUCGUUUAAUCGAUUUAUCGAUAUGACGUUAUAAUCGAGUAUUUAUUUAAGCGUUAAGAGGGGAUAUUCUCAAUACGCUAAAUUUUUUCAUUGCAUACCCAAAAUGCCUCAUUUUUAUUUACAUUAUGGUCUUAUGGGACGAAUUUCAGCGAAAUUUUCUAGACCUCUGGAUGCAUCAAAUGGGCUGGAAUUUGAAAUAUGUACAUGUUUUUAAAAAACAACUAUUUCAAAUUUCAUCCCAUUCUACGGAUCCGACGCUUUGGAAAAUUUCAUUGAAGUUUAGCAGGUAACCCGAUAGACCACCAUGUAUCGAGAACAUCCCCUCAAUCAUCGUUUAAUUUUUAUUUUAAACAGUAUGUAUGAUUGAUAAUUUUCGCUGUCCUCGACGUUCUGAUGCUUUAAACUUUCUUCAGUGUUCUUAAUGGUACUUAUAUCUACCUAUUUAUCAUCGAAUCACCCAGAUUGUAUUUUGUUUUUCAUCGACUCAAAUCUCAUGCCUGCCAAGCACAAGAGAUGAAUUUUCUCAUCCAGUAUUUUAUUUUAAUUUUGUAACCAAAGAUCUCAUUUGAAAAAAAAAAAAAUGAAAAAAAUACUCUUCAAGAGUGAAACAUAGAAUGUUUCGUCCAUUUUGCCUCUCAACAUUAUUGUUGAAAAACUACUAUAUAUAUGUAGAACAUAUUAUAGAUGAUUUUCAUGUUGAAUUAGCGUCUCUAUAUUCGGACGGUAGUAUAUUGUAUCGAUAUUAUUUAUGUGUAUUGUUUAUUUAUAUAAGGUUUUUUUUUUGUACAUACAUUCAGUGAUAACAUUCCAGAUAUUUGUAGCGUUAUAUCGCGAAAGGAUAAAAAGAUGUGAAAAAUUUUCGAUUUUAAACCAUUACGAAAUAUUGUACGUACGUAUACCUACUCGAAAUUCGAAUGUAUUUCCGUCUUCAUCAGUUAACGUAAAAUCCAUCCAUUUGUAUAUUUUUUAUCAAAACGGUUACCAGAGCAAGUUUUUAAACUAUUGAGGACAGUAUUUGUAUGUAGAAUUAUGAUACGGAACAAUGUUCCUUCUUAUAUAGACGGUCUUAAUAACUGAACCCUUUUCCGCGCGCUUUAAUGUAUAUAAACUUUCAUCAUCGAAUCGACCAUCUCGGAGAAGAGUUUUUAAAUUAGUCAUUUUUAUCGUACCUACGCGUAGUUAUAAUUUAUGUAACUCGAAGUACAGUAUUCUUGUUUCCUAUAUAAAAAAAUCAGCUUCCUAUUAUCGUGUUGUUACAACGCAUUAUUAUCGUUUUUCAGCGUUUUUUUUGUGUCUUUUCGAAACUGCUUUGAUUGGUGUUCGAAAUUCUAUUACAUAAGGUUUUUCUUGUCUAUUUCUUUUUUUCUUUUUCUUUUUCUUUUUCUUUCUCUCUCUCUGUCUCUCUUUAUAUCACCAGGGUGAGCUUAUGUUAAAUUGAAAUGAUGUAAAAUUUAUCCGUAAAAGUAUACAAAUUACAGUACAAAAUAUUGUGUUAUUUUUUUUUUCUUUUCCUGGAAAUUUUAAUUUAUUAUAAUCGUUUUCUAUAAUAGGUUUCACGAUUCGUUCUAUAAAUUUCCGAAGUUUUUGUACAAGUUGUAAAUACUAUACUAUGGUGUAUAGAGGCUGUAUAAAAAGAAAUCAAACAAAAUGUAUUACGGUCAAAGACUCAUACAGGUUUAACUUUAUCUCUGGUUAGUAUAAGUUUGGUAAUUUAAUUACAACGUAUUAUUUAUCCAUAUUUCAAAAUAGAUGUUCUGUGAUUAUUUACCGUAUUUUAGUAGCGUACAUAAAUUUUGAAUCUAUGUUUAUCGAGUGUUCUAAUGAAAAGGAUAUAAAACUGGAUAGCGUUAGGAGUUACCCUUUUGAUUAUUCGAACAUAUCAUUAUAUACAUUUAAAAGUUUAAUAUGCUGAGCUUCAUUAUGCGCGUAAUUUUACUCAUGAUGUUGUGAACUUAUAUAGGCAAGUUGCAGUUGCUUGAUCGUAUUUUUACUGGAACACUCGGUAUAAUUGUAAUUGUUAGCAACUGAAUGGAAUUGAUGUAAAUUAACCCUUCGGAGGUGCUCUAGGUUUCCAUGUUGGGGAAAUAAAUUACUUCGAAGAGUGUACUCUGCUCAAUUGACCAAAUCACUAAAAAGUUGAGCUUCGGAAGAAAAUUCUUUUUGUCAAAUUCUGCAAAACUUUCAUUUUCCAAAAAAAUUCUUUGGAAGCUCAACUUUUUUGUGAUUUGGCCAAUCAGGCAGGAUAUCCAAUGACACUGUUAAAAGCAAUUUUUUUCCUCAGCUUGGAAGCUUACAGAGCCUCCAAAGGGUUAAGAGCAAGCAUCGUCUAAAACAACCAAAAAUAUAAUAAAUAAUGUACCUGAGAAUGAAAUUAGUUUGUAAACCGUGGAUUUCAAAAGUGCAAAAAUUUCAAAUAAGAAAAUUGGCAUGUCUGUCUGUGUACCUAGACCUACGCUAUAUAUAAUUUGUAAUUAGAAAAAUAAAAAAAUAACGACAGGAUUGAUAAGAAAAAA